AUGACAGGUGGAGACACAAAUGUCUUCUUCGUGCCAUACAGGCCUCAUUCCACGCCGGAUAAAUCUCACUCAGUUCAGGAACCGAAGAUAUCUCAGCAAAAGCAUGCUGCUCGAGAGUACCACCGAAAGGCCAAGCUUGAACGGCUCGCUAAGCUCAACGCCGUCCACGACCGCCAUGCACGAAGCACAAGCGUCCCAGCCACGCAGCCUCAGUCAGAGUCUUCUUCUCGACCGAUCCUGCCUCGAAACAGAUCUUUUCAGGGAGACCAAGUCUACGACAACUCUUUCGUCAUCUUCGACAUAGGCAUCGGACAGCUCGAUCCCUUUAAUGCCUGCGUUCCUGCCGGUGUGCCUACCUUUGCUCUUGACAUUCUAGACUAUGCGCCAUCUGCUCAGUGGAAGAUCUUCAACUUGGCAAAAGGUGUCGGUGGCGAGGGGACUAUUCAAAAUGCGCUCCUCGCAUGUGCCAUGCAGUCUCCCGCCGCAUUCUGGUCCAUUAUUUUUGCAGGUGCCACACACCACGCCUAUCUUCAGGGUGGAACAGACGCUGGCAGCCGUGACAGGACUUUACGCUUGUCCUACAAGACUAAUGCCAUCAAGGAGCUGAAUCGCGAAAUACAAGGACUGCAAGGAGUGGCUUCUGACGAAUUGCUGCUCGCUAUUAUCACAAUGGCCGCUCACGGUUCAUGCGAACAGUUGGAUCCACCUCCACAGGAGGAAAGUUUGAGCACGCUCGAAUCUGUGCAAAACUUCCAAUACUAUGGCCGCAUGCGCUGGGAGGAAGCACAUUUUAAAGCUGUCGCUCAUCUAGUCCGUCAGCGAGGAGGAUUGCAUACUGUAAAGAUGCCUGGAUUAGCUAAUGCUAUUGCACUGGCCGAUAUUUUCUUCGCUUUCCAGAAUCUACGCUCACCAGCCUUCCCCCUUCUCGCCCCUUCGACCUUGAUCAUGUCGAUAUGGGCCGAGGAUCCGGCUCCUCUAGCCUCGUCCUUCUCGUACCUGGCUAGUGGCUUUGACGAAUUCAGCGAUCAUCCAUGCUUCGCUCCCCUGGUGCAAGCAAUUACCCAUGCGCGUAUGAUCACGAUCGGACUCAACGCAUAUCAGUCCCAGCAACCUGGCGCUCCCACCAUCACACGUAUCGUAUGGGCGCGGAAUUUCAUGACCCAUGACUUACUCUCUCUGCCUGUGACAAUUGCUAGCACGCUCAUCGAGCAUACUCCUGGACAACAACCACAUGGCUCCUCAGCUUCGACCAUAGUGCACGUCUUCUCCCCACAGCAAGCAUUAUACAAUCUCAUACGCCUCUCAACGCUGACGUACACACUUCUGAUCCUCUUCCCCAUGCCUCGUGUCACGGGCUUGCACGCCAGGCUAUCCAUGCAGCUCAUGACGGCCAUCGAUAACUGUACAGCACUGGACCUUUGGGCUACACAUGCAAAGAUACUCUUGUGGGCCACUGUCCUCGGUGGAAUCGCCUCCGAGGAUGCCCUCCGCAAAUGGUAUGCCGAAAUGAUCCGACAGAACAGAGCGACCAUUGCAGAUAUAGCGUUGGGUGACUCGUCAGGCCGUAACAAGUGGAAGGACACAAGUCGCCAGCGUAGCCACAAUCGCAGUCGCUCAAAUUCAGGCGCAAGCAGUCGAAGGGAGCCAGACGUGACUUGGAAAGUAGUGAAGGACGUGCUUUUCCGGUUUCUUUGGUUCGAUGGACCCCGGUAUGAUGGCCUCGGCAGCGGGUUCUGGGACGGGUGUUAG